UCGUUAACAACGAGAUGCAGGUUGCGGAGUUUUCCCAGACUGCCGAGUCGCAGCAAGGGCCAGGAGACGGAGUUCACCCACGCUGGUGGGCAGGCGCCGAGAUGAGGCAGCUCGCGGCCUGGUCUUUGGUGAAGCCGCCGACCCUCGACUCGAUCAUGGGCUUCAUCUUCGAAUCUGGGGGCUUGCGGCCUCUGCACAAACAACUCCUUUGGAAAAUCGGCAGUGGUCUGUGGCAUCAGUUGCGUCGGCGCCUUCACUUCCCCAAGAAGCUCGCGAAGACCAACUUCGCGUGCGAGUUCUUGGGCGCCGAGGCCGCCGUGAUCUGCUCCGCGAAGCUUGACGAGGAGAUCGUGGACUACGUCAGCGCGGGGGGGAUGCGCGCUGAGUGUAGGAGGGCCUUCAUCUUCUGCACGGACAAGGCUAGCGCCGCGGGCCUUGGGCCCGGGGUCUCGGGCACGCUCUUCGCGGUGCCCUCGACGGGGGUGGGCAUCAUAGCGCUGCCGCAGGUGAACAGGGCGCGCGACGGGGACAUCCAGAUGGUCAAGGACGAGCUGGACAACACGCCUCAGGCGUUGGAGGCAGCCAAAUUGAGCGUGGCCAGGCGGCAUCGCCUAUGGUCGCAGAGGCGCAGGGGAAGCAUCGACUUCACCUCGUGGCGCCCCUUGAAGCGCCACCGCGUGUCCAGCAAACACUGCCUCCUCAACGUCGACAACCAGAUCAACCAUUCAUUAGGGUUGUGUGGCUGGGUGGACUUCGUCCGAUGCGAGACGGGGCCGACCGCCUGGGGCAAUUGGCGCACUUGGCCCCGCAUGUUCGGCGCCAUGGGCCAGGGGCCUGACAACGUGUGCAGCUCCAACUGGUCGCUGCACAUUGGAACGAACUCGGCCCGCGUGUGGGACUGGUCGCACGGCGUGAAGUGCGACUUCGAGGAAUUGCUGAGGACCUUCAAGAUGAGCACCUUCUGGAAGUUGAUGCUCGUCGCCGUCAACGUUGAGCACGGCCCCAAAGACGAGGGGGCGAGGUACGACCAGCUCAAGGAGGCAUGGAAUGAGAUGCAGACCCAGUUUACAUCAAACACAUGCGCUGUCUUCCUUGACAGGGUCAGUGGGAUGAUCGAGGAGCACGGUGACAUCACAGAGCUGCUAACCGACGAGGACGAGGGUGAUCAUGCGAAGUGCAUGUGGCGCGUGUGGGGCAUGGAACGAAUGGGGCGCUUGAUGGACCAGAAGGCCAACAUGUGCAGGUUUCAGUCUUCACAGAGGGCAAUCAAGGCGCUGCUGAACGGCAGCUGGCCCUUCAAGUCUGCCAGGGUCGAGCAUUGCGGCAUCGAGUCGGGCAUGCUUUCCAGCGUCAAGAUGACGAAGCUCCAGUUCGGGGAGGGCAGGGCCGACCUGGACUACGUCCAGCUGAGGGAUUCCACAGACCCGAACAGACUGACAGCCCUGGGCAAGCCCAUGAGAUCGCGCCUC